GCCAAUUUCAACCUCGGCUUUUCUCACUAUCCUCCCACCGCUUCACUCACUCUCACCUCCCCUCCUCCCUUCAAAGCAUCAACUCCCUCAUUCCUUCCACACAGCCAACAAAAAACAAAACAAUACACCAACCCAACCACCACCAUGACAACCCCCACCCAAACCCACCCCAAAACCGCGGAGGACGACCCCAUCCCCCCCGCCCAAAAAGCCCGAACCAUCGCGCACAUGAACGCCGACCACCGCGCCGACAUGCGCCACAUCCUGCUGAACUACGGCGCCGUCCCGCCCGUGCCGGCUUCUUAUUACGGCCUUAUCAAGGAUGGCGGCGAUGGCAGUGUGAAUGAUGCCAAGAACCCGCUCAUGACCGACAUCGACCUCACGUCGGUCACGCUCCAGCUGCCCGGGAGCGCGCUGCUGCAUCGCGUGGUGUUUGAGCCGCCGUUGGCGGGGUGGGCGGAACGGAGGGGGAGGCUGGUGGAGAUGACGCGGGUUGCGAGGGAGGCUUUGGGGGUGGUUGCUGAGGAUGGUGAUGCUGGUGGGGAUCAUGGUGCUGGUGCUGGUGGGGAGAAGGCGGUGGUGGUGGUGAACGAGUACAUGGCCCCGCGCGUGCCGUUGGAUCUGGCUAUCUUUGUGGGGAUUCUUGCUUAUUACCUGUCCUUUGGGCUCGUGUGGAUGGGGUAUGUCACGCCUGGCAGCCUGACGGCGCAGGUUGUGGAGGCGGUGCGGUUUCCGGGCGGGGUGGAGGGGUUUGUGUGGCUGGUUGAGACUAUCUUUGUGCCGGUGGUGGUGCUGCACGUCUUUGAGACGUGGCUGCUGGAGAGGACGAAGCUGCAGAAGUUUGGGGUGAAGAGGGGGAGUGCGGUGUGGUGGAUGUGGGUGGUGAGUGUGUUCAUCGAGGGGGCCAUGGCGUUUAAGCGGUUUGAUAUCGUUGUCGAGAAGCUGAAGGGGAAGGGAAAGAAAGGGCAGUAGGGGGUUGUAGAGUUGGUACUCUCAGAAAUGCAGGUCCCGCGAUACGAAUGUUGACACUCAUGAUCCAUACCCAAAAAAAGCAGGGCAAAAACAAUGGGGGGAGUGAGGCAAAAGUAUCACGAUGCCCAAUAACAGGAUUGAACUGUUGACCUUCGCAUACC